CAUUCUCUCUGUUUCUUCUGUUCUCACACUCUCUCCGCACGAAAGAUUACACAACAAAGCUAAAAAGCUUGAGCAAUCGGAAAAAAUGGCUGGAGCAAUCGGGAAAUGCAGCAAGAUCCGUCACAUAGUGAAGCUGAGGCAGAUGCUCCGGCAAUGGCGAAGCAAGGCGAGAAUGUCGUCGUCUGUCAGACGAUGUGUACCGUCUGAUGUGCCGUCAGGACACGUAGCGGUCUACGUUGGGAGCAGUUGCAGGAGAUUUGUUGUGCGAGCGACGUAUCUGAACCAUCCGAUUCUCGUGAAUCUCUUGGUUAAGGCCGAAGAGGAGUUUGGUUUUGCUAACCAGGGUCCGUUGGUUAUCCCAUGUGAAGAAUCGGUUUUCGAGGAAUCAAUUCGGUUUAUAACCCGGUCAAGUCGGUUUACUUGUACCGAAGAUUUGAAGAAGAGCCGUCACGGUGGUGUUAGGAGCAAGCUGGAUCUGUUGAUGGAGUCUCGGCCGUUGCUUCAUGGCGUCUCCGAGAAGGCUUUCAUCUGGUGACUCGGAAGUGAGUCGUUUGAACCGGGUUCUGGUUAAGUGAUUCGGGUCCGCGGUAACGGAUAGGCAGGAGAUGGCCGUGAAAGGUGGGGUGAAUUAUUUCACCUGAGUCGUCCCGGUUCGAAUCCGAGUUAUUUAUUGAAUUAUUAUUGUUACCUCUCAUUAUUUAUUUUGUAAAAAUCGACCAUGACGAUAUGUAUUAGUGUUGUCGUUGUGUCAUUACCAAAACAAAUUAAUUUAUUUGUGGUCUUUACAUUUAUUUUUAUCAGUUUUACACACAAAUCUCAUUUGGUUAAUUCCUCUAUACUUUUACAGUU